AUGUCGGCAACAAUAACACUUACGAUGUCGCAGACGUCAGGAUCUGAAGCUGCGUGUCCGAAUUGUGGAAUGACUUUACCGCAUAACAGUUCAGAGAUUGCAACAUAUGCGCAGAAACAAAUUGAGGAAUUACAAGCUCAAGUACAGUUACUGACAGACAAAGCAACCGCCGCAGUGGAUAAAUGGGCAGACUACGAAGACGAAAUUCAAUCACUUAAGAGGGCGCAAUCUCAGCAAACCAAAGAACUUCCGCGCGUCACAACACCAACACAAGGGGUCACCGAAGACCGAACUGGAAGCCCAAGUCGAUUUUCAUAUCUGCCUGUUCAAAAUCGACUUUCCUCCAUGUUAUCUCGAAAAUCAACUCCGAAUCUACAAGCCCCGCCUCCACCUCCGCCGAAAACACCUUCCACAACCGAAUUAGUAGCAGCUUUAACAAGGGAGCAGGGAUUACGGCAGGCAGCGGAGGGCAAAUUGAAUGAAUCCAGUGUCGAAUUAGAAGAAUUGACGGCACAACUAUUCACACAAGCCAAUGAAAUGGUAGCCACAGAGCGGAAAGCAAGGGCAAAACUCGAAGAGCGAGUUGAAGUCUUGGAAAGAAGGGACGGAGAAAAGAAGAAACGGCUGGAAAGGCUUGAAGGCGCGGUUCAAAGAAUUGAGAGAGUCAGGAGUCUGUUGGCACCGGACCGAUGA